AUGGCAGAAAAUGACACUAUUCAGUUGCAUAGAGCAAUAUUUGCCCAGUAUAUUGUGAUGAAGAAGUUAUUCAUGGAGCUAGAAGAGGAAAGAGAAGCUUCAGCAACCGCUGCAAGCGCGGCCAUGUCAAUGAUUCAGAAGCUUCAGAAAGAGAAGGAUGCAGAGAGGAUGGAAGCAUGGCAGUACAAGAGAAUAGCUGAGGAAAAGAUGAACCACACUGACAGAGCUCUGGAGAUUAUAAAGGAGGUGAUGGAGCGGAAGGAAUUGGAGAUAUCUUAUCUGAGGAACCAGUUGCAGGUGUAUAAACACAAGCUAUUGGAUGUUGGUAUUAAUGUUUGUGAUAUUGCAGAUGAGACAAUAGCUAGUAAUAUACCUUUGUCUGAAAACAAGACCGUGGAGAAUCUGUCUCAUAACAUCAAAAGGAAUUUCUCUUUGCCAACUUUACAGUUAAAUAAACUAUUUGCUGAUAUGGACAUCAACAAAACAGACGGAGUGGUACAAUCAGCAAGGAGCAGGCUAGAUGGUCACAUAUACAAUCUGAGUGAUAAUGUGUGGGAACAAGUUUCAAGAGACAGUAAGGCUUUAGAGCCCAAGAAAAGCUUGUCAACAGAUAUGAACAGUACAGAAAAGCGUGGAGAAGAACUGAAUUCUCCAAGCAGUGGCACUUUACAUCACUCACACCCAUUGGAUGAGUCCUCGUGCUGUUCCUCGUUCUCUAUGGUGAGUCAUCAGACAGAUAUAGGCAGUGAAAGAGUAGUACAGGUCCGGAAAGACGUGGAAGAUACACUACAUCAUGAUGAACUCAAGGAUUUUUGUUUGGGUACUAAAAUGGAUGAAAUAACAGUUCAUCCUACAAGUGAUGUUGACACACUCCAAAUUCCAGAAAGAAGCAAGACGGAAACAGGUUCCUUAUGCACUGAAAAUGACAUGAUGACAGAGGAAUCGGAAUUGUCUCCCACAAUGGUUCCUAAAGAGCGAGGGUCACAUACUCUAUCCAGGUUUUCUGCAACAAGAAAAGUUGGAUCCAUGAAUAAUGUUGACAGACAUGCUCGUCUAAGCACUGGGAAUUAUACACCACGAGCUGGUGUUGAGAGAACUAGAUCAAAGCUGAAGCGGGUGCAAAGCGAAAAAAUGGUUGAGUUAAUUGACCCUAGGACAAGCAAGGAACAGAUCAUAAUGCUGAAGGAGGUAUACGAGCAGCUCAGCAUGGUAGAAUCACAUAUGAGACCUUCUGAUUCUCAGGAGAGCCCUCGAAAUGACGCGUCGCUAGAUUCUGUUAUGGAGGCGGCUCUGUCCUUCUCCAUUUAG